AAAACAAUCAAAGGUGGUAGUGGUACUCGUCCAUGGAGAUCUUACUUUACAGUUCAUGAUUCAUUGAAUGCUUCUUUUGAAACAUUAGUACAAAUUUUACGUGGAAGAAACGAACAACAUCGGAUAUAUCCGAUUAAUACAGUGUUGUUGGGCGAUACUGUUGAUCUCAUAAGAAAAUUUGCAUUAAUAUUUGAUCAUUUGGAAUUUUCGAAUCAUCCAACGCUACAAAACAUUGUUCGUUAUUAUAAAAUGGCUCAUUAUUGUCGGAUUGAAAAAAAUGCACCACAACAGAAAUUAAUCAUUAACACAUUGAAAUUAGAAAUUAUAACGGCUCUAAACGAUAAAUAUUGGCCUUCAAUAACAACAUUGCAUUGGAUCGCAACAUACCUUGAACCUAUAUUCAAACAUCUGGCAUUUGUUGAUGACAAAAAAGAUUCUGAAAUGCGUAAAAAUGAGAUACGAAAAGGAUUGCAUGUCUUGGUCAAUGAUAUUGGGUUGAUGCAUAAUUAUCCGGCCACUUUAUUUGUUGACCAUUUUAUGAUUAAAAAUCGCAUUUUUUUUAUAGAUUUUUUGUCCAAUAAUAAUCUUUAUGUUCUAAGUGAUAAAAAUGCGUGUCGAAAACCACGUUCACGUGC